AUGACCGUCAAGUCCAAGGUAGUUGGUCCCCGGUCCCGAAGUCGUGGCGACAUGUCGCGAAGCUGUAGUCCAGCAUCCGACAAUGGUGCGGACGCAGAAUGGUACUCGGACUCGGAGCGACCUUCAAUCAAGGACCGUUUGGGCAAACGAGAUGAAGACAAGCCCAAGAAGAAAAGGCUGAAUCCUCAUCGCCGUCGUAAGCAAGCAGAGCAAGAAGCGAAGCAGCAGCAGCAGAAGCAGAAGCAAAAGCAGCAGAAACAGAAGCCUAAACACCAACCCAAGCAGCAGCAGAAGCAACAGCCCAAGCAGCAGCCAAAACAACAGCCGAAGCAGCAGCAUUGGCAGAAGUAUCGUGAUGAAGCAGCUGCUGCUCGUGAACAACAAAGCAUGAUGGCGCAACAGCUAGAACAACAACAUCAAGCGUUGCAACAUUAUGCGCAACAACAGCAGCUCAUGCAAGCACAAUUGCAGCAAACCCAGUUGCAACAACAACAAUUGGUGCAGCAUUUGCGUAAUGCUCAAGUUCAUCAGAUGCAAGCGAUGCAACCCCAGCUUCCUGGCUACCCGGGCUUCUCGGGUUACCAGUACCCGCCUUAUCCAUUCGGCUUUGGGCGUCCUGCCAUGUAA